AUGGAUGCCACCAAAAACCCUAAUCUUGAACCAUUAUCAUCAUCUUCUUCUUCUUCUUCUUCUUCACAAAAGAGAACCCAUGAAGAUUUAUGUGUUAAGCAACUACUACAACAACCUCAUGAUGAGGCUGCUGAUCACAAGUUGAAGAGAAGAAGAAGUAGCACACCACCUGCACCCGAGCAACCCGAAGCAGCAGCAGGAAAGGUGGAGAGUGGACGAGAGAAGUUGAAGAGACACCGGGUUGAGAUGUCGGGUCGGGUAUGGAUACCGGAUAUAUGGGGACAAGAGGAUCUGUUGAAGAAGUGGAUAGAUAGCACUGUUUUUGAUUCGUCUGUAGAGAAGAGUAGCAUAAUGUCAGCAAGAGAAGCUUUGAUUCAAGAAGGAAGAUCAACCUUAAGCAUAGAGAAUAGUUGUUGA